AUGGCAGCCGCGAUGGUCGACCGCCACCAAUCUCCUCCGACUACCUGGCCAAUGACCUGGCAGAUGUCGACAGGGCACAAUGGGAGCUCCAGCAGCCUCAACCAGCAGAUGCAGCACUUCCAACCAUACCAAUCAAUGCCAUCGUUCGCCUCGUCUGGAUACGAUCUCCCGAAACACAACGAAGUGGAGAUGACGCGCGACAUGCUCCUCGACGUCCUCAACUACUUCUCCCAGCUCACCGCUCAACAAUUCGGGAACAGGCCGAUUCGGCUUGUGGUGCAUGGUGGCGCCUGCAUGCUCCUUCACGAAGGUCUCUACGCCCUUUCGAAGCAGCAGCAACAGAUGUCGCCAGGGAUGCCUGGACGAACCAAGACGCGGGACGUCGACUACAUUCAUCGCUCCUUCGUCAAGGAGAUGCAGGGGUUGGGGGUUAUGGAUGCCGAAGCGAGGAUCAAGGAAUGCGUUCGUGGCACAGCGAGGAGAUUCGGGCUGGGCCUGGAUUGGAUGAACAGCGAUGCAGACAUUGCACUACCGAUGGCGCAUGACCCUUCUGGCAAUGUAUACGACCCCAUCUACGCCGCUUCUGUGCAAGAUAACAACAUCCACCUCCAUACCAUUUUCCGGUCACCGAAUGGCUUGCUGACCCUCAUCAGCGUUACGCCGUUCUGGGCCGUAGCCCUGAAGUUGGUGCGCUAUUCUAAAUGGGAUCCUGGCGACAUUUGCCUGUUACUUCGGAAUGGCCAAGUGCUCUCCCACACGAACUGGAGCCCCGAAUCGCUCGAGAGCUGGCUUCAAACGAGCUGUUGGGCGAUGGGGUACGCGCAAUACGACGGGGUCAAGAAAGGCCAAAUGCGAUCUCGCAUUGAGCAUGCCAUCGAUCAGCUUGCCAUCUGGAACCAGGCCGUCGGUAUAGGUAACACCCGUGCCAAUGGAAUGGGUAGAGAGGGUGCAGUGUUUGGCCGAACACCCAGUCAACACGAUGCAAUGGGUGGUGGGGAGGUCGUCGGUGGCGGUGGCGAGACGGCGACAUCGAAUGGGUGGUGGUCGAGCUUCGGGUCCACGCCGGCGCACGAGGCGAAGGCCAUCGCUCCACCUGCCCAAGCUGCCUUCCCAGCUGCCGUAACUAUGUCUGUUCCUCCGAACUUUCCCCCAGAUGCCGUCAACGUGCGCGACUGGGGCUGUGACGACAGUCCUGGGUCGGAUUCGCAGAGGAUGAAGAAGGACAGUGACUCUGGCUACCACUCGUCGAAAGGUCGGAGCCGGUCGCGGAGCAGAGGUCCAGGAGAGAUCUUCAUCCCACCUGGUGCGGACGACGAUGACGAUGACGGCUAUUACUCGUAUGGCAUGGCCGCUCCUGAACCACAAACACGGCAAUGGCUUAAUCCCAACCACGCCCCUGUGUCGCAAGCCGCGGCUCGACCAGUCAGUCGCAACCCCAGCCCUGAACGAUACAGCCAUAUCUACGCUCCCAAUCCCGUUCCCAAACCAGCCCCGAAGUCCGCUAUGCGGCCGCCUGCCGUCGCUAAUCCCUACUAUGGCACACCUCAGCUCGGCGGGCAACGUCCUACAUGGGCACUUAAUGCCCCAUAUGACUAUCGUGCCAGCCCGGCAUUUGGCCAACAACAACAGCCCUAUGGACUAGACUCGGUUAAUCGCUCGAUGGCUGCUGCCCUCCCGUAUGGAUAUGGCCACCAUAGAGGAGUGUCGCAGCCUGUUAUUCCGCCCGCUUCGCAGUUGCAGAAGUCACAGAAGUCGCGGAAGAAGAAGGAAAAAAGGAAGGACAAGCAGCGUCAGCAAGACCGGUCCUCGAAGUGGAGUUUCAGGAGAACUCCGGAUAGCGACUCGUCAGAUACGGACUCGGACAACGAGGAUAGCAGUGCCCAGGAGGUGCAAAAUCGGGGACGAGCUCUCUAUGCGGGUAGGCCGUGGCACAACCGAUUCGCGUCCGAUGCUGGACAGCAUCUUACGGUACCUUCUCGGCCGGGUUCGCGCAACCCGUCUCCAUCCCACGACCGCGAUGAUCAACCUGGUCCAAGCUGGCUGCAUGCCUCGCAUCCAGGCUCUCGCAAUUCAUCGCCCCAUCCCAAUCCCAACCUUCGGCAACCCCUAAAAGCCCGUCCGCCACCUUUAAAUCUAACGCCGCCUCCUAUGAUACCAGCCGCUCUGCCACCUGCUCAAAACCAGUUCCAAGUUCACGAUGAACAGCGUCAGACCUACGGGGCACCAACGCGGACCAACGCAUCCGAACUGGCGAACUACCAGUUCGAGGAGCAGAGACGGGCGUAUGAGCUCCAGCGAGCGCGCCAGCCGGAGCAGCAGAUGCGUGAACAGCAAUUGGCGCGGCAGAUGGAAGAACAGAUCCAGCAGGAAAGGUCGAGGGUCGAGCCCCUUGCUCGCCAGCAAACCGCCCCGGAGUAUUACUAUCACCAGCAACACCAACAUCAACGGUAUCACCAGCAUUCGCAGCGUUUACGCCCUAGUGCGACCGAAAUCUAUCGCUGA